AUGAUUAUGGGAGCGAAGACCCCAACAAGGAGUAAAGUAAUAACCAUCCGAACCACAAACGUUCGUCCAGAGGGCACCGACGAGGUGGUAGAGCUGGAGGUUGAGGCGGAUAGGGUAGAUGAGGCAGUGCCUCACUUUGAGCUCCUUCCAACUGAGCUACUCUGCCGGAUUUUCAACUAUUUGGAAUUGAAGGAACGUGGAGUAGCUGAACGGGUAUGUACAAGAUGGCAUACUGUGCUAACAUCUCGAGAUUGUCCACUUGCCGAUGUCGUCGUGGUAAACCUUUUUGAGCCAAGCGUUUGGGUGGACACUAUCGCAAAAAAUCGAUAUACAACGGUAAAAGGAACAUUUGUAAAGGACUUUGACUCUCUUCGUAACGUGUUCCAUCACAUAUCUACUGCUCAUACGGCUAAAUUGUGGUUUCACACGGAAGAUUUUGCGAGAAAAUGUAUCGACGUGAUCGCUGAGUUUCUGGAAGUCAAAUGUGUGGAUGUUUAUCCCUAUGCAAAUGUCCAUAUACUGCCAUACCUUCAAAAGAAGUUACCGCAUCUGUCAGCCUUAAACAUGCGACCACAUUCGAAUCAGUUCCAUGCUUGUGGCCUACAGUUGCCAUCUUUUCCGGAUUUCUCAAAAUUGACGACUUUGAUACUUGAUAAUUAUGGCGUAGAGGCAAACUUCGAGAUUCCUAAAACUGUCACUUCGCUGGAUUAUUCAAAACGGGAACAGACACAUUACCGGGCGCUUCUGCCGAAAUUGUUACAUCUUAGUAAUCUCGAAUAUUUUACGCUUUCGCAUGCGGAUAUGUCAAGACCUGAAGAUUUCGGAGAGUUUGUACGUACUGUAUCCAAGGAUCAUCUACCCAAAUUAACUAUUUUGACCCUACGCAUGUGUAAAAUCUGUGCCCUCAAUCUUCAAGGCGAUGAAAUCGGCAUGAAUUUAAAAAUGAUCAAAUUUGAUUUAUGCUACGGUAAUAUCGCCUCUUCCAUUCGAGACUUCCUCAGCUUCAAUCCGAAACUGAGCAUUCUUGCCUUGAAUGUUCUCUGUAAUCGUGAAUCUCUGGAUAAUGCAUGCAAUAUAUGUUGUGAAUUACGGCGGAGGAGAAUUGGCUUACACCUCUCUAUACUACAAAAUUAUCCGGAACCGAAAUCUGCCGAAUCUGCAUUCUUUGACCUAAAACCUCCUACAUCUUUCUUCUAUGUUCUCACCAAGUUUGAGGCCUCUUUUGUCGAGGAUAACGUUUUGUUCCGGACACUUUUAAUGUCAGGGACUUUUAAAGUGCUUCGCGAAAUUAAGUUCGUUGAAUGCGACGCUUUGACUACCGAUGUGCUUCAACAUUUAUCAGAAUGUGCUCCGACCCUACGAAAAAUUGGCGUUCUUUCUUGUACCAAACCAAAAGACACGGAUGUAAUAAUGUUUGUCGCUAGCAUUUCAGCAAGGACUGCUCCUCAUUUGCAGAUUACUUGGAGGAGAGAUCGUCGCAUAGGAAGUCUCGCCGCUUGCUACUUGGCAUUAGUACAUGAGCAUCGAGAAAUGAUCAAAGGAAAGAAAGCACGAUUUUUUGCGAAGACCUUUUCUGAAUCUGAGGAAGGAGAGGAAAUUGUGAUAUGGGAACGAGAGAGUGGAAAAACAGUGCAAAUACGAGAUUAUAAUGACCAUCAGAAAUACCGUACUCUCGGGUUUAUUAUUGGAGCCGAAUCAGUACGUGACGAAGGACCAGCGGCUGUUAUGGACGAACUCAUGGCGAAAUUGGACUGCUCUUAGUGCUGAUUAGCUUCAUCCGGAUGUAUAGAAAAAAUUUUGGGGUUCAAUAUCUUCUCUCAAUUUGGAGAUGGCCUGAAAAUGAAAUUCUUGUACUUUUCUAGCUUUCUAAUCAUUGAAACUUUGCUAUUUCUACUGAAGAGGUAUAGUGAAAGCGCCGUAAAGUUCGAGUAGAUAUUCUCCGUGAUACUUUUGCUCUAAACUUUCAAGCUUCCUAUAUGUAAUAAUUGGCUUCGAAAUUGUAAAUAGCACUAUAAGAAUGGAUUUAAUGAAGACCAUGAUUGUGUUGAGUUUGUAAGUUGUCUCCUUAUUGUUAAUUUCUCGAAAAUAUAGUUACACUAGCUAGUAUAGCAGUCUUAGUAUGCGGUCUUGUCCUCCUAAGAUUCUGACUGAACUUGAAGCGCGCCACAAAACCACCUAGUGCUAUGCCCCUUUGAUAACGCACCAUCAAUUCUAAACUUCAAAAAUAUCAUUUUGAUCAAACAUCUUCAUCGUUGGAGCGUGUGGUGCUUUUAGUAGCCUUCCCAAUUGCGGGUCAUUACAUUUGACGCUAGGUUAGUCUGGCAACUCAUCACCCAUCAAAGAACUACCGUAUUUAUUUGAUUCUUACCGUAUUUGUACCAUAAAAGAGUGGAUUUGUCACUGUCUAUUCGUUUCUAGCUUGACUUAACAUCGUUUAUUUAUCUUUACGUAUCAUACAUGUUUCUGGUUCCACUCUCAGUUACACACCUGAUAUGAUAAGUAACAAGCUAUGUCAUCAUUCUGAAUUCACGACAGCACAGGGAGGCGUCUUUCUCAGUGUGCAGAAGCUUUUUGCUUCAAAUGUAUAUAUUUCGAAAUCGUUUGUAGUUUGUUUGUCGCGCUGUUGUUAUGUGAGAUUCAAUAAAUAUAUUGUCU